AUGAUAGCAUUAGCAUCACAACAAUUGUUCUCGGCUUUAUGUAUACUUUUUUUUGAAUUUAUGUACUUUUUCUUCAACCAAUUUUAG